AGAUGCUUCACCAUAUGCAUGAUAUGCGAAGAACUCGAAAUAUCGGACCCUUUUUCAUUCCGGUACGAAAGUUAUUUAAGGGUGGUGAGUUCCCUUGAGGUCGACAUCCUACAGCCUCCCCAUGAUCAUGGCCAUCGAAAAAGACACUAAUAAGAUCGACACUAAAAUCAUGGAACAGUGCAAGAAAGCCGUCCUUGACACCCUGGGUGUUUUAAACAUUGAUCCCCUCGCUAUUAUUCCAUUCGAGGAAAAUCCUACUUUCAAUCCGUUCGUUGCUAGGUGUAUCGAAGCAGCUCAUCAACGCAACUAUAUCAGCAAUACUUUCCAAGACAAACACGUCGUUAUUGGCGCCGCAGCUGCACAUCAUGCAUACCUUUUCCAUGAAGGAACGGAAAGUCACAACGUCCCUGUGCUUUCUUCGUUGUUGAUGGCUUUUAUCUACUUCAUCGACGAUAACGGAUUUCAACAACAAUCAAUCGCAGAGUACGGAUCCCGCCUGGCUUCUGGACGCCCUCAGCUCGAAAAAGGGCUCGACGACAUCGUAGCUGCUACUGCAGAAUUAGCCGACAUGUACCCGCCUAUUACAGGUGAUUUUUUACGCUUGACAAUCCAGUCGUAUGUCACGAGCAAUCAGCUCGAGCGAGAACUCGAAGGGAGUGGGAAACAAUCUAAGUGGGAGGUGAACAAAGAUGCCCCGUUCUUUCCUACCAUUAUGAAAACUUUGACCUCAUGCGCAACACUGGCCUUAUUACUCUCCUUCCCCUGUAACUUACCUGCCACGAGUUACAUUCAGGCCCUCGUUGAUGGAGUCUGGGUUCACGAUAUCACAUCAGACAUCAUGUCGUACUACAAAGAGGCAAUCAACGGGGAAUUCACCAGAAUAGAGCAAGUGGCGCAGAUGCAAGGCUCGCGAGGAUCAGACGUGCUCGAAGACCUAGUCAAGACAAUGACACAGAGUCACCGACGAGUAGUCCACGUACUUGCUGCAUCCGAUCCAUCAGGAAAUCUAGUGUCGUGCUAUACUCGUGCCCUUGAAGGUUUCGUGGUCUUCCAAGCAUUAUAUCCUCGCUACAGGAUUGCAGAGUUCGGUAUAUUUAGUUUCUGAUCAGUGCAUUAGCAAUAAGGCAGUAGAGUGUCUGGAAUGUAAAGAAGUUAUCAUCCGCAAUGUGGUUACAAAAAGAACAGGGCGUUAAUUCGACCAGUGCUGACAAAUGAUAUCAAUCUUUUCCCUCUUCUAAUGUCAUUUCGAGGUCUGCUAGCUGUUCCACUACUACACCGUCCGCCCCAUGAAGUUUCCUUCAACUUCUUCCGAGACAAAUGUUGUUUUCGCAAAUUCCAACGUAGGAUACGCAUGUGUCCUUUCCGGGUCCCGUGCACAACGUUCAAUUUCAUUCCACGCACAGCUCCAGCGCUAAGUUUCCGUAUAGGGCACAUGCCUUGACAAGUUUCACCCGUCUUACUAAUGGGUAUUACGAUGUCGGAUGGAAGCAAGGAAAGACUUACAGCUCUGGAUCGAGAAGUUCCGCUGGCUAGUAUAAGUACU